AUGGCGCAAACACCAGAACAGAGAAGACGCAACGCAAAGUUCAUCAAGGACCAGGAGGCCCGUCGCGGAAAGGCCGAGUCGGAUAUUAAGACACGCGGCAAGGAGAUCCAAAAGUCACCGAUAUCUCCAAUCUGGCUGGGACUUCUCGGUUUUGUCGUCUUCGGAGGUCUGGUAUUCGAGGUCUUCUCGCGCUUCUUCCUCUAA